AGAAGAAUUAACUUAUUGGUUACCCGGCAUGUGCAUCAUCAUCACGUUGUUGGGCCCUAGGACAUGAAUGUGGCCGGUAAGUCUUCCUGGAUAGAAACAGGACAUAGUUAUAGCUACGUUAUAUCCAGAAAGUCGCAGUUUAAGUAACAAAAUGCCCAAGAAAUUGAAAGAAGAAGCAGAGUGGGUGGACGACGACGUCACCCCGACAGCUGAAAAACCUGUGAAAAAGGGGAAGAAAGAUAAAAAGGGAAAAAAAAGUUUCUUUGAGGAACUCGCCACAGAAAGCAACCCUGUGAAGACAAAUGAGGAAGUUGUGAAAGACACUCAAGGAAAACAGAAAAAGAAGAAAGACAGACGAAAAGGAAAGGAUGGAGAUGCAGAUGAGGAUGAUGAGGAUGUCAUGUUCAAGCUGAAAAACCUUAUAGUGCAAGCAAGUGAUGAGGAAGACGAGCCAGUCAUCACUCCCAGUAAAGGAAACACAAAGAAGAAGGGUGGAAAUAUUUUUGCUGCUCUCAGCCAGGGGCAGAGUGAUGAGGAUGCUAGUUUGGAGGAAGAAGAUAAACCAACAAGCAAGGAGAAAAAGACGGACAAGAAAAAGGACAAAUCUAAGCCCAAGAAGACAAAGGUUGCAUCUGAUGAGGAAGAUGAGGAUGAUGAAGAGACAACUAUGAAACAGACCAAGAAGGUAGAAGCCCAGCCUAAGUCACCAGAAAUUGAUGAGGGCGAGAAGCCAAAGAAGGAUAAGAAAGAGCAACACCAGAAAGGAAAACCUGUAGAGAGAUCACGGAGUCAAGAUGAAGAUGAGGAGGACGAUGAGAGCGAUGGAGGUGAUAUGAUGAUGAGUGCUGAGGAUGUAAUUGCAGAACAGGCCAAGCAGCAGGAAGAUGACCCAUUUGCUAACCUUAGCAAAAAGGAGAAAAAGAAGAAAAAGAAACAGAUGGAGUAUGAGCGUCAGGUGGCCAGUGUUCGUGCUCAGAAUAACUUGGAGGGAGAUUUCUCCAUUUCCCAGGCUGAGAUUUCCUCCAGACAGGCCAUGCUGGAGAACGCUUCUGAUAUCAAGUUGGAGAGGUUCAGCAUAUCUGCUCAUGGCAAGGAGCUUUUUGUCAAUGCUGACCUACUGAUUGUGGCAGGAAGAAGAUAUGGUUUAGUCGGACCAAAUGGCAAAGGAAAGACCACAUUGCUGAAACACAUAGCCAACAGAGCUCUUAGUAUUCCCCCCAACAUUGAUGUUUUGCUGUGUGAACAGGAGGUGGUAGCUGAUGACACGCCAGCAGUCCAGGCAGUGUUGAAGGCAGACACUCGCCGUCUGAGGCUCUUGGAGGAAGAGAAACAGCUCCAGGCUCGUUUAGAGAAGGGGGAAGAUGUUGUGGCUGACAGGCUGGAGAAAGUCUACGAAGAGCUGAGAGCAAUUGGAGCUGCAGCAGCUGAAGCCAAGGCAAGAAGGAUCCUGGCUGGUCUGUCAUUUACCCCUGAGAUGCAGAACAGAGCUACCAAGAGGUUUUCUGGAGGCUGGAGAAUGAGAGUCUCCCUCGCCAGGGCUCUGUUCAUGGAGCCCACUCUGCUGAUGUUGGACGAGCCCACCAACCACCUGGACCUCAACGCUGUAAUCUGGCUCAAUAACUACCUUCAAGGCUGGAAGAAGACUCUCCUCAUAGUUUCCCACGACCAGAGUUUCCUCGAUGAUGUGUGUACGGAUAUCAUCCACUUAGAUAACCAGAAACUCUACUAUUACAGAGGGAACUACUUGACCUUUAAGAAGAUGUACGUGCAGAAGCAGAAGGAACUGCAGAAACAAUACGACAAGCAGGAAAAGAAACUCAAAGAGCUGAAGGCUGGUGGCAAGUCCACCAAACAGGCUGAGAAGCAAACUAAGGACGCCCUGACCAGAAAGCAGCAGAAAGGCAAGAAGAAAGGAGGUCAGGAAGAGGAGAGCCAAGAGGCUACAGAGCUACUGAAGAGGCCUAAAGAAUACACUGUCAAGUUCACCUUCCCCGAUCCACCUCCUCUUUCACCACCUAUACUGGGACUUCACAGUGUUGACUUUGGCUAUGAAGGUCAGAAGCCUCUCUUCAAAAAUGUGGACUUUGGAAUUGACAUGGACUCCAGGAUUUGUAUAGUUGGACCCAAUGGAGUUGGGAAGAGUACCCUGCUGCUGCUGCUCACUGGAAAAUUAAAUCCUACUAAAGGUGAGAUGAGGAAGAAUCAUCGCUUGAAAGUGGGUUUCUUCAACCAACAGUAUGCUGAUCAGUUGAACAUGGAAGAAACUGCCACCGAGUACCUGAUGAGGAACUUCAACCUUCCCUACCAGGACAGCAGGAAGUGCCUGGGACGUUUUGGCCUGGAGAGCCAUGCCCAUACUAUUCAGAUCUCCAAACUCUCUGGUGGUCAGAAGGCCAGAGUAGUAUUUGCUGAACUAUCCUGUCGCCAGCCUGAUGUCCUGAUCUUGGAUGAACCCACCAACAAUUUGGACAUUGAGUCAAUUGAUGCUUUAUCUGAGGCCAUAAAUGAAUACAAAGGAGCUGUGAUGAUUGUGAGUCACGAUGCCCGGCUCAUCACAGAGACUCAGUGCCAGAUGUGGGUAGUGGAGGACUGUACCAUCAACCAGAUCGAUGGAGACUUUGAUGAUUACAAGCGGGAGGUGCUUGAGGCCCUGGGAGAGACCAUGGUCAACAAAGUCAACACAUAAUCACUGAGCCGCUGUCAGGACACACCAUGUUACAUUAUGUCCAUCAGUCAUACCACACUCCAUCUGGACCAGUCGACAUGUCUCACAAAGUAAUUAAUGAUAACGGUGUUGAAUUUGUUUGGGCUGGUGCAGGUAAAGGGUAUUCCUUUUCUUCUGGAUUUGUAACAUCAUUAACGGGUUGGAGUGGGACAGAUACUGGUGUGUUGAUCCUGUUAUUAAUUUCUAUAAAUGUAGAGGAAGGUCAAUAAUAAAUGAGUUAAGUUAAAAAAAUAAAACUCAUCAAUUUUUCAA